AUGGCUGGAUCCCCCAUUUCCUUCUCUUCAUCCUCCUCUUCCGCCUCCUCCUCUCCUUCCUUCCUCUCCUCCGGCCUCCUGGGCACGAUCAUCCGCGUUACAUGCCUCCUCGCUUGCCUCGCCAUCAUCACCUUCUUCAGCGUGAGCUACUGGGUGGUAGUGGCCACUAAUCUCACGCCACGUGUCGAGGAGUUCAGGGACCACUGGGACUCGUGCGUGAAUCAGCCCACGGGCCACUGGGUCAAACUCGCGGUGCCGUCGUCUCGCCGCGUGCCCUGCUCGCACAUAGUUAAAGCCGCGAUUAAGAGAGGUGAGGCCGGGGUGGAGCGAGGCCGGGUGCUGCAUCGGCUGCAGCUCAAGGAACACCCGGGAAGGGAUGGCUGCGCGGUAAAAUACGAUGCUGACGUGGACCCCUGGGAUAUGCAUCCCGUGCCACGUGGCAAAUUCUCCUACUCCUCCUGCCGUGUGGAGUGGAUCAUCUACUCUUCUGACUGCGGACUCAGCAUGGUUCGAAUGGCGGAUUUCGCGCACAUGGCGGCCAUUCCGUUCGCCGUGGUGGGGGUGGGUGUGCCCUGGAGAGGCCAGGGCGGCCGCAUGCGGACUAUCCGCGACUACCUCCGCUCGCUGCCGCCCGACCGCAUUGUCAUUUCCACCGACGCCGACGACGCCUUCCUCAUGCCAGGCCCCCACUGCCGCCCGGAGAAUCUCGUAGAGGCGUUCCUCUCCCUCAAUGCGCCCGUGGCAUUCGGAGGGGAGAUCUUCUGCUACCCGGACUGGCGGAAAAUCGAGGUGUUUUACCCUCGGAAAAUCAACGAGACGAAGAACUGGUUUCUGAACUCCGGAGCCUACGUGGGAUACGCGUGGGCCCUGGCUAAGAUCAUAGACGCGACAUACAUGGGUGACUGCAUGCAAGACCAGCGUGCAUACACCCUCGGGUUUAUCGGCCAGCAGUACCUCUUCAGGCACCUCCCCCGUGUGCCCUGCCCUGAACCCAGCGAUUUCGAAUCCGCCCUCAACAGCAUGGGUAAUGUCACUGUGGCUGUGGCCGCCCAGGAAAAAUUCGCCGACUCGCCGUUCCGCAAGCCGUGGCGCAACCCGCGCCCCGUGCGGUACAACACGACCAUGUCGCCGUUCCACCGGCUGCCACCCGCGUCAGAAGAGAAGGUGAUCAGCGAGGCGAUGGAGGCGGGGCAGAAGGAUGCUCCGUCUGUCAUGGCUGCUCCGUUCAUGAAGCUGGAUCAUUACAACACGCUCUUCACGCACCUGGGGGGGUAUCCUUGGGAGGAGUUUGAAGUGGUGGGGAAGGGUGAAGAGGCGAUGGUGCGCGCGAGGAGCACGGGCGGCAUGGCAUGUAUUUUGCAUCAGCAGGGAAACAAGAUGCUGAAUCUGUCCAUGUACUAUGUGUUUGAGCGGGCCAGGUUGGCCCGCGCCCUACUUCCCCCCUCCCUCUACCCUGCUUCCCCCCUCCCUCCACCCUGCUUCCCCCCUCCCUCCACCCUGCUUCCCCCCUCCCUCCACCCUGCUUCCCCCCUCCCUCCGCCUGCUUCCCCCCUCCCUCCUCCUUGCUUCUCCCCUCCCACCUCCCUGCUUUCCCCCUCCUUCCUCCCCGCUUCCCCCCUCCCUCCUCCCUGCUUCCCCCCUCCCACCGCCCUGCUUCCCCCCUCCCUAUGCCCUGCUUCUCCCCUCCCUCUGCCCUGCUUCCCCCCUCCCUUCGCCCUGCUUCCCCCCUCCCUUCGCCCUGCUUCCCCCCUCCCUCCGCUAAGCUUCCCCCCUCCCUUCACCCUACUUCCCCCCUCCCUCCGUCAGGCUUCUCCCCAUCCCCUUCCUUGCUUCCCCCCAUCCCGCUCCCUGCUUCCCCCCAUCCCCUUCCCUGCUUCCCCCCAUCCCCUUCCCUGCUUCUCCCCAUCCCCUUCCCUGCUUCCCCCCAUCCCCUUCCCUGCUUCCCCCCAUCCCGCUCCCUGCUUCCCCCCAUCCCGCUCCCUGCUUCCCCCCAUCAUGCUCCCUGCUUCCUCCCAUCCCCUUCCCUGCUUCCCCCCAUCCCCUUCCCUGCUUCCCCCCAUCCCCUUCCCUGCUUCCCCCCAUCCCGCUCCCUGCUUCCCCCCAUCCCGCUCCCUGCUUCCCCCCAUCCCCUUCCCUGCUUCCCCCCAUCCCCUUCCCUGCUUCCCCCCAUCCCGCUCCCUGCUUCCCCCCAUCCCGCUCCCUGCUUCCCCCCAUCAUGCUCCCUGCUUCCUCCCAUCCCCUUCCCUGCUUCCCCCCAUCCCCUUCCCUGCUUCCCCCCAUCCCCUUCCCUGCUUCCCCCCAUCCCGCUCCCUGCUUCCCCCCAUCCCGCUCCCUGCUUCCCCCCAUCCCCUUCCCUGCUUCCCCCCAUCCCCUUCCCUUCUCUACACGGUGCAUAGCAACACGCACGCGCAUGCAGAAGUUCUUCGAUGA